CACAACUACUCUAAGUAGGCGGGACUUCCUUUCAAUUCUAGCAUCGUUGAAGGGCACAGUCUUCUCGCAAUCUUGUCAAGGGUCCUCUGCUCAAAGUUCACAAACCAUCAUGGGAGGUCAUGACGCAGGAACGGCGCACCAGUUCACUGGGUUUGCUAAGUACUUCAACGCCUACACCAUGGUCGGCAGGAGAAAUUGUGUUUUGGCCACAUAUGCCACCCUAGCAGCAAUCGGCCUCUUCUUUAAAUUGAAGCCCAAGAAACAAGCCGCAGUCACUGGGAAGUAAAAUGGGUAUAAACAAAUGUACAAUUGAUUUUUGUCUGCUGGGAGUGGAGUAGGCAGCUGGAUGUGCUUGGAAUAUAAUGUCUGCUUGGUUUCCUUAUGUUAUCAAUAAAGACCAUUGAUGCCGAAAACAUAAAAACAA